UCCCGGGAGCUGGGGCCCGACACGCGUGUCUCAUCUCUCGGGAGAAACGGUCUCGUUCUUGGCCACUAACUUUGAUUGCAAGGCGACGCACCAGAGCAAUGUUUGCAGAAAGAUGGUGCCCUGAGUUUCCGACUGGAUACCAUGGACAUGCUCGCAGUAAAUCGAGAAAUGAUAUAUUUCAAGAAUACAGACUGCAGGCCAAGCCUCACCCUCCCGAGAAACUAUUAAAGCGACUUCGGGAAAGUCCUUUGAAGCACAACUUUUCCAAACAUGAUAGUCAGCUGGUGUUUUACGACGGUGCGACGUAUAUGGAGAACAACAAGGGGAAAUAUCGAACAAAAAGUGCUCUUGGAGGAAGCAGCGAGUUUAAGAAAGAUUUAAUUUCCUGGAUUCCAACUCAUUCUGAGGGUCAACAGGAGUGGCCAAUAAUAUCCACAUAUCAAGCAGAUUUCUGGCAUCAAAGAAACCCACAGUCGACAGCAGUGAUGAUUCCUCAGCUGCUGGUUCCUCGUGUUCGACAGCUGAUUACAAUCACCCACCCUGGGGUGGAAACAAUGCAAACAACAUACCGUCAGUUCUACAGCCACUGCCAGCCAAACCCUAACAUACAUACAAACAUUUACACUGGGAAAGUGCAGAGAAUGCCCAUGGAAAAGGAAGCAACGUUUGUCUAUGUGAAUCCAAGACCGAAGCUGGCAAAUGGCAGAUCAGGACCAGGAUCCUCACUAUCAGAGUGCUUCACUGUUGCUGACUGCCUUUCAUGGAAUGUCCCACAAAAACGUGGAGCAAGUGACUGAAAAAUCCAUGGGAUUUGCAAGUUAAUGCAAGAACAAAAACAACAGUGACCCCAGUGUUUUUAACAAGAAGUUGCUAAUUCAGAUAGAAAACACUUCAUUUGAGAAAAUCAGCAGACACUGGAAACCUGAGCAGCACACACAAAACGCUGGAGGAACUCCGCAGGCCAGUCAGCAUCUAUGGAAAAGAGAACAAUUGACAUUUCGGCCCAAAACAUCGAUUGUACUCUUUUCCUAGAUGCUGCCUGACCUGCGGAGCUCCUCCAGCAUUUUGUGUGUGUUACUUAAUUCUCCUUUAAUGUUUUACUUUACAAGUGAGUGGAAUAUUUCCCAGUAACCUUCUGGAUGUGAGAAAUAAAUUACAGGUGGUACUGACCUUUUGCUUACUUCAUUCAUAAUCAUUCAACAACAUUGGAUACUUCUAUUAUUCAGCUCUGGUUUACCCUAAUUUAGCACUGUUCGACCAUCAGACAAAGGGAGUACAAAGAGUGGUAGUUGUGGGCAGAAAAUUGUUACAGGUACACCAAAGGAAUUACUUGCAAUUAUGCAGUGAUUUUAAAGACAUCCCAGGUGCCAUAUAGGAAGUGUAAUCAAAGAGUUAAUGAAUGAAAUGCUCUCAAGGAAGCUCCCACAAGCAGCAAUAACCAGGUAAAUCUCUUCAGUUAUGUUGAUUGAGAGAUAAAUAUUAGCAAGACCACCAGUCUUGAUGAUGACCCUGCUGUUCUUUGAAAUAGCACCAGGAAGUCAUUGACAUCUGCCUGAAAGGGCAAAUGAUUUAUCAUUUCUCCUGACAUUGCAGAGUUCUCAGCCCAGCAUGAACAUGCCAGCUGGAUCUUUGUGCUCUGGAGGCGAAGGAUCUGAGUUUGAGAUUCAAGAUGCUGCUUGGGGAGAGCAGGAUAUGACUGUACAUCUGGCUCUGUUAGACUUGAAUGGCUCUUGUUUGCCUGCACAGGGUGCAUUAAAGAAAUGGGUUGCAUCUUGUAGACACUAAUCAAAAUUUAUAUUGAACAUUUUCAGUCAUAGGUUUUAGAGAAAUUGUAAGCCAGUUGCUAUUGCUUUCCUUGUAGAUAGCAGAAGUACGUGUGUCAAUAAGUAAUGGGUGAAAUUACUUUUUUUAAAGAAAUUACUGUUAACACAUGUGACUAGUGAGUUUGAGAACAGCCAUUUAAGUUGAAAUAUUUAAAGAAGGAUUUAUCAAAUUAAUUGAGAAAUUGCUGGGAUGGGGAUCUUUGAGCUGAUCAGUGCUGUUUCAGAGAGUAUUCAUCUUUAAGGACAGUUUGUUCAUAUGAAACUCACCUAUUGUGAUCAUCUCUAAUAUGGCACUCAGUACAUAGCGACUGAUUAUUGUCAAUAAUGUAUCACUGAAUGUAAAAUUUAAUUAUAUCAUCUUACUCAAGUGUAAGGAAAACAAAACAGAUUGAACACAUAGUGCUGUAGUUACUGAAUGACCAGUGUAGAUUAGUGUUUUGCAUGACAAUAUCUUUCGAGAGACAGAUUAUACUGAGAGAGAUAAACUAGAUCACUGUUUAGUAAACACGUACAACUUAGAGGCCACUCUAUCUAUCUGUCUAGGCAGCAGCCUUUCAUCGGUGUGAGAUAAACUACCACACAUUCAAGAAUAAAUGCCUUUGAAUAUCAGAUCCUCUUGUCCAUCAGAGUCUUUGUAGAAGAAUGACUGUGGCAUCUCUUUGCUUUCACUAAAGAUGUUUGUUUGUAGAUAGAAUGGAAGAGUUAAUCUGAUGCUGAAAUGAGGUAAUUGGCAUGUUCACAUGUGGUUACAUUUACAAAUUGGAAACAACCUUCACAAUCUUCAAACAGAAAUCUAUAAGCAGAGGAGCUGAACCUUUUGCCCUGUCGACUUUGAAUUCAGAUUUCUCUUUAUCCUGUCAGUGCAGAAAUAACAUUGUGAAAUUAUUUUGUUUGUUCUCUUAUAAAUUUCACACUGAUGAGUAGCACAUGGAUAAUAACAUCUGCACCAUUGUCAAAGCUCCCUCAUGAAUUCUUCAAAAUGCCCAAUUAAUGUAGCAAUUAAAGUGACAAUUGUAUGGUUGCAUGUUCUGAGUAUUGCUCUCUGCAUUUCCAACAUGCUCCCUCCUUGAACACACUGCACCUCUGACUGGAACUCGGAAUAUACAAACAAUGCUUUUUUGUGGCUACCAUCAGGAGGAUGGUCAUCAAUCUCUGCUAAAUACUGCAUUACAGCUGCUGAAUAUACUACUCCAAACAGCAUCUGCACUUAAUCUGUUUGCUCUUCAAGUAUGUCCUUCAGCUGUCAUAUAUUUCACUUUUUAAACACCGGCACAAUAAAGCAGUGAUAGAGAAUGUUAAAUAGCAACAUCUGGAUAGCAGAGGGGCUACUGGAAAAUUGCAAUGGAAAGAGAAAGAGGGAGGUGUACAAGAGUAAAUGCAGAAUUAGAUAUGGGCAUUGAAGAAUAGAUGGGAGUUAAUGAUGGGUACAGACAUUUAAUGUUUUCCAAUUGUGCGUACACUGGGAAACAGUGUGAUAAAUAGGAAAUUCUAGGAACUGUCUGCUCCAGUAGACUGGGCAGAUGAGAUCAAUGGUGAGACCCAAUGGCCAAGGAUGUUGUUCUACAAUGUUUCAUGGAGUGCAAAGGAUGUGACAGUCAUGGUCAUCCACUGCAACCAAGGAAGACCCCAGUCUGUGAUGACUACUCAUACCACCAGACACGGACUUCCGAGGUUGAGAGAGUGGAACAGCACUCUCCCACACUGGUCUCCCGUCAUUGUUGAAUAUUGUGGACAGCCAUCUAGGAACUGUAUGAUAGAAAGGGUAUGCCUUAAAAAUCUCAUAGUGUAGGUCAUAAAAAUGUUAAACAGUGAAAUAGAAAUAAGGAAGUAGAGGAAAACAUGAUAAAGAGUACAAUUGAGGAGCAAUAAAAUGGCAACACAAAUAGGGAUAAUCAGUUUCCUGAUAAGAAUCAACAUGAUAGAGUAAACUAUACCUCACAACUAGUUACCUCACUGAUACAUCAAUAAAUGAAAAAAGAACCCACAUCUAAGUCAAACAAUGUUCAGCCCCUCUUAAUAUGCCCUUGAGAUAUAUUUACCUGUGAAAGACUGCAUUGACCAUUUCUAAUCGUACUUAAGAAAUAGUAAUGGAAAAAUAGUGACAGGGCAUAAGUGGAGAUUGUUUUGACCACUUCAGAGACCAUUACAUUUCAGUGAUAACUUGCAGGACCAGAGUGAAAUUUGCCUACAGCAUGUUGUAAGUUCUCUUUUUAAAUAAGGUCAAGGAUUUAUAUAUAAUUAAAUGGUUUAAUGGAAUGAAACUGUGCUACUGUAAUUCUAAAAAUGGAUUUGUUGUGCUACUAUCUCAGAAUACUGUAAAUUGAAUAAUCCAAAGGAUGGAAUAAAUAAUUGAUUUUAAACAUUUAACACAGAAAAGAAAGGUGACAUCGCCAUGGCUGAGAACAUUUUAAAGAGACAGCAAGCCUGUGAUAGUCCCUCUUCACUUCUGGAUACUAGCUUGAUACACAAUGUUAAGUAAACAUAAAUAAAACAAUUUAA